GCAGGUAUGUCAUAUAAAAUUAAACAAGAUUUGGUAACUUCUGGCCUGGCAGAAAAAGCAUUGAAAACACAAUUUACGAUACACCUAAUUUCUUGAAAAUUGAAGAAAAAAUUUGCUUUAACUAUGUAAAUCAUAUAUUUAGCGCGUCAGUUAGUCAAAACACAAUCAAAUAAUAUUUGCCUCGAAUCGUGAUAUGGAGUUUUUGGAUUCGCUGGAUCUAGACACUAUCGAUAAGAAGUCGCACCGGGUGCGGUCUUGGUAUCUGUACGAGCAAUAUAAAUCUCUCGAAAGAAGUCAGUUGGAUGCCGCGCAGAAACUGAAAGAUCGCUCCUACCAGGAGAGAAUUCUGCGCCAGGAAUUGUCGGAAAGAAGAGCCAGACGCAAACUAUACGAUCAAUUCGGACUUUGUCAGAGCGAGUCAAGAUUAAAGAAAGAGAGGAGCGACAGUACCAGGAGUUCAGUGAGUGCCAGUAACGACGACUUCUUCGAGAGUUUCUGCGUCUUGCAAGACGACGAACGUGUUACCCAAAUUACGGGAACCGAGUUUUCUGAAGAUUCCUUCAGUCAAGACGGCUUGUCGGCUAGUAAAUGCUGCAUAAACGAUUUCAAAACUGAAGAGCACAAGGAUGACUGCAGCUAUACUGAGAGCGUAAAUAGCGUAGUAGAGAAUUUGAAACCUUUUAACGACGAGUUUUUACCAACAAAAGAAAAAAUGGAGCUUUCGCAGAACUCUAUAGUAGAAGAUAUAAUAAAUAUGCAACUUGACUCGGUCAAAGAGGAUAUUCUAUGUUUAGAAAACUUAGCAAAAAUUGAAGACGUUGAUAAAAUAUCUGAAGACGAAAGUUUGAACACCGUUGAUGAAUGCGAGUCGAAGCCUGAUACGGUUAGCGAAAAAACUGUUCAGGAAUAUAAUAAUAACGUAAUCGCAAUAUGGUCCCGGCUAGUCUCGUUCGCAUAUCAAGUUGUACAAUUAAACCAUGGCAACUGCUACUGUGACUACAGCUCGCAGUUCCUGACGGCGGUGCUGGCGUGUGAUGUGUUGCGAAGGGGCGUCAACAGAAUGUGUAAUAUUUUGCAGCCUUACGUCUCACCAAUAAAGUUUGCUACUGACGAUUCGGACGUGUCCAACCCGAUUUUUAAUUUAAAUAAGAAACGGAAAAAAUUAGUACAAUCAAGAAAAUGCAGGAAAAUAUGUGAUAAGCCAUUAUCAAGCAAGAAAGCAAAAACAUGGUCCAAAACAAGACGGUCAAAUCGAAAAUACUCAGAAAACUGUUGGCAAGCGCUUGGUAAGAAUUCGAUUGGUCGGACCGAUACCUAUCCGAGGACUCGGCACGCGAGCGAACCAUGGCGCAGUGCUGCCAAGUUUUACACUUCCAGAGACGAAUACAGCCUCCCUUCUUCCGCAAGUAGCAGUAUAUGGCCAGACAUUUGGCAAGAACGAGUUCCUAAACUCUCGAGAAAACGCUAUUGUUGUUACCACAACAAGGCCUUGAAUCCGAUGUUGAAAAUAGCUCAUUAUAUAGAUAGAAUAUUAAAGGACAUUGACGACUCUAAGCAUGAUAUGUGAAAUUUUUGUUACACAUUAAAAUAAUAAUUACAA